AUGCCCUCCAUUCGCAAAGUCACUUUCCCCAGCCGCGGCAUCAAGGUCGUCGGCGAGCUCCGUGUUCCCGAUGAUGCUAGCGCCAAGAAACGCGCUGCCGUCAUUGUUGCCCACCCCAUGAGCGGUGUCAAGGAGCAGACGGCCGGCUCCUAUGCCGAACUGCUUGCCAAGGAAGGAUUUUACACUCUUGCUUACGAUGCCGCCUACCAGGGUGAGAGUGAGGGUGAGCCCCAUUUCCUCGAAGACCCCAUUCAGCGUGCUGGCGAUAACAAUGCGGCGGCGGACUACCUGUCGACGCUCGACGAGGUCGACCCCGAGCGCAUUGGCAUCCUCGGUAUUUGUGCCUCUGGCGGCUACGUCUCGUUCGCCGCACAGUCAGACCCUCGCCUGAAGGCUGUGGCUACGCUGAGUGGUGCAGACACCGGCAGCCUCUUCCGCGAUGGUAUGCCCGAGGGCUCGACGAGCCGCGACCAGCUCAAGGAGCAGCUCAAGGCUGUCGCGGAGCAGCGCAUCGCUGAAGCGCGCGGUGAGAAGCCCGCUACAAACAACCUGCUUCCGGUUGACUAUAAGGAUCUGCCCAAGGACACGCUCUGGCACGACGGUGCGGAAUACUACCUGACGCCCCGUGGCCAGCACCCCCGCUCGUGCAACACAGUGGUGUCGCGCAGCCUCCAGCUGCUCGUUACCUACGACUCGUACCGCUUCAACGAGCUCAUUUCCCCUCGCCCCUACCUUGCUGUCGCGGGUGAGAAGGCGGACACGCUCUACUUCUCGCAGAAGGCUAUUGAGCUAGCAAAGGAGCCGAAGGAGCUCUACGUCGUCCCUGGCGAGUCCCACGUGAGCCUGUACGACCACAUCGACGCUGCCGGCAAGAAGUUUGUCGAGUUCUUCACGCAGCACAUUGCUCAGUAA